GGGAUCUACUGCUAAUGGGUCCUGAGGCACUGGAGCUCCUGCUGCCUGGCACUUUGCUGGGUCCUAAAGAUCCCACAGUUGAUUGUUACUGUCCCUUAUUUGGGCUUUUCAGACUGCACGUUCAGAGCUGUGCCAGCUAUGAUCAUGUUGUUUGGACCAUGGUGGCCCAAAGGCUCAUGGGAGCUCUUUAGCAUCGGAAAUCAAUGAUGGGAGAUCGAUGGUGGAAUGUUUUUGACAGCCUGACCAUAGUGCUAGGAAAAGGGGUCACACACUCCUUAGUCUAUCCGCUGAGUUCUGGUGGAGAGAUCAGAGCUGAACUGGUUUCAGUUGAAAAGUAGAAAGAGAGAAAAUGCCAGACUUUUCUGAGGAAGGGCUGGACCACUACCUACUGAAUCAAGUGGACCUGCGGCACCGUACAGUCGGCAGGCGUGUUGAGGAGGUUCUGAUGGUGGUCAGAGAUCUGACCGAUGAGGUCAGCAAGAAAGACGGACGCUUCCAGUCCAUCGCCCACGCUGGAGUCAACAACGAGAACCUCAAGGACCAGCCUGCCAUGGUGUCUAAAUGGGCAGCCCUCCUGAGAGGCAGAUGUUCCUUCAACCCAGCCAUCCAGGUCCUGACUCCCAGCCUGGUUUUGGUGAGUGUUCCGGUGAGGGGGUUGAUUGGAUAUCAUGAGCAUGUGACUCGUCAGUGGAGAUACUAUUCUCUGACUGGCUCCAUUCUCCCCACUCCUGUCCGCGAGCCAGAGAAACUCCACCAAUGGCUGGAGCUGGAUAGCUUCACAAGCCCCGCCCAGGACUGGCAGGAUGCCAAAGUGUGUGUGGAGGGAGACAUUGUACCGGCCAAGGUGGUCAGUCUCUUCAGAGAACAACUAGAGACCGCCAUACUGACAUGCAGCUUCAGUGGUAAGGUCAGCAUCUUGGAGUCUGUGGGUUCUGUAGUGCGUGUUGCCAUAGAGACGGCGGAGGGUGUGAUGGAGGCAGAACUUGUUCCCACAGUGGAGCUGAUCAACUAUUGGCCGAAGAAGGCCCGCUGGCCCCGCCUUCUGCAGCGCUGGCCAACCACAGAGAGAGCUCGCUGCAUCAAGUCGUUUGGGUUUAACCUCAUGGCAACGUCUAACUACCACUGGCUGUUGUCGUUCUCUCGGGCGGAGCAGGCGUUGCUAGUGGGCGUUGACGAGGACGGUGGUUGCCGUAGGAAGUGUUACCGUGUUGUCAGACAGCUGAAGGAGGACGCCUGGUGUCCCGGCACCAAGCCUGUCAUCACAGCCUUCCACCUGCAGACUCUGUUGUUCUGGUGCUGUGAGAAGUUUCCAUGUGGGCGUGACUGGCACUGUAUAAAGGAGUGUGUGCUGCGUGUAGCCAGGAAGCUGUUGAAGUGUGUGAGCCAACGCUACCUGAGACACUACUUUGUCCGCUCCUACAACCUGCUGAAGUACAGUAACACCACAGAGUUAGACCACACAGCCCAGAAGAUCAAUGACUUUAUAGCCAACCCCAGCCUCUAUGUCCACUAAACACUGAUUAUUAACACUACUCUUCUAGCGUGAUGCUUUUAUUACUAUUAUACUUGUCUAUCCUAAUGUCGCAAACAUAAAACCAAUACAAGGUUGUGUUCUGUAGGGCACAGCAUACCAAAACAUUUGUAGCAGUACGAUUUUACUGAGUCAAAUUCCUGUACAUGAAAAUGUCUAUGGUGAAUAAAGAUGAUUCUGAUUCACAGCAUAGCAAAGCAUUUUGCAUCAGGUAAUGAACAAGUGUUUUUUAUUCUGUACCUAAAUAAAGUUGUUUAUUAUAUUGCA